AUAGAAUAUCUUCACGGGUAAAGAGGAACGGUAUCUGUGUUUGAUUGACAACAUAUUGGUAUUAAUGCAAAUGAUAGACGAUACCUUGUAAUUUCACGAGUAACAGAAAUGUUAGAAUGUCGUUUGUCAUAAUAAUUUCCACUAUACUUUAGAAUCUCGAGAAAUAGAUUGAUCAGUUCAGUUACAUUUUCUUUAUUUCUUUACGGUGUGUGUUUUUCGGAAUAAAUUUUAAACAUAACAUAUUAUUUGUUGACAUUAUCACGAGAAAAUAUAGUUAUUUCGAAUUUCAUGUGCAGUCUAAUCACACGGCGACGUAGAAAUGUGUGAGUGUGAAGAAUUUCAACUGGUCAUUCGAUCUUAACAGACGCCAUUCGUUUUGGCGGGCACGUGUGCACCGGUGUCGGCGUAAAAGACUGCCUUUCCACGAAUACUGCGAUAUUUAGUAGUUUCCAUAACCGAUGAAUAACAUUGUAAAUAAUGUUUUAUAAUCAUUCUUCUUACAUUUAGAUGCAGAAAGAAUUAUAUCUCUUAGUUUGAGAUAAUAAUUGUACGUCACGUGUUUGUAGAUAACUACAUUAAAAAUGGAAUCCAUGGAAGUAACAGAGACCACUACUCCUGCAUCUAACAAAGAUGCUAUUCCAUCUUCUUGUAAAGAGUCUGUUUCUGUGGAAGACAUGACGUCCAGAGAUUAUUAUUUUGAUUCAUAUGCUCACUACGGAAUUCAUGAAGAAAUGCUGAAGGAUGAAGUGCGUACAGUGACCUACCGGAACUCAAUGUAUCAUAAUAAACACCUUUUCAAGGGGAAAACCGUUCUUGAUAUUGGUUGUGGAACUGGUAUCCUUUCAAUGUUUGCUGCUAAAGCUGGAGCAGCUAGAGUUAUUGGGAUUGAGUGUUCUAAUAUUGUUGAAUAUGCGGAGAAGAUCGUAGAAGCAAAUCAAUUAUCAAACGUAAUAACGAUACUAAAAGGAAAAGUUGAAGAAGUCUCAUUGCCAGAUGGCAUAGAAAAAGUUGACAUAAUUAUUUCUGAAUGGAUGGGUUAUUGUUUGUUUUAUGAAUCAAUGUUAGACACAGUGCUAUUCGCCAGAGAUAAAUGGCUUCGCGAAGAUGGAAUGCUAUUCCCCGACAAAGCAACAUUAUUUAUUUGUGGGAUUGAGGACCGGCAGUACAAAGAUGAGAAGAUUAACUGGUGGGAUGAUGUAUAUGGAUUUGAUAUGAGUAGUAUAAGAAAAGUAGCAAUUAGCGAACCUUUAGUGGAUGUUGUGGAUCCAAAACAAGUUGUUACAAACGCAUGUUUAAUUAAGGAAGUCGAUUUAUACACAGUAACCAAGGCUGAUUUGGAAUUCUCUUCCCCAUUUACUCUACAAGUUCGUAGAAAUGAUUAUGUACAAGCACUAGUUACAUUCUUCAACAUCGAAUUCACCAAGUGCCAUAAACGUAUCGGAUUUAGCACGGCGCCAGAAGUACAGUAUACUCACUGGAAGCAAACUGUGUUCUACUUCGAUGAAUAUAUGACGGUCAAGAAGGGAGAAGAAAUAUAUGGUGUGUUUUCAAUGAAGCCUAACGCAAGGAAUUAUAGAGAUCUGGAUUUCAGCAUUGAAUUAGACUUUAAAGGAGAACUGUGCCAAGUACAUGAAACUAAUACUUAUCGUAUGCGCUGAUGCCUAUAAAACAAUUCAUCUUCCUUUUAUUUUCAUGGAUCAUAAAACUGUAUAAUCAAAUAGAAGACCAGGACUUUGAUUAUUAUUGACUUAGAUGAUUUAAUAAUGUUUAAUAGUACGGUACAAUGAAUGGUGUGAAUUAUUUAAUUGGUUUUAAUCCAUAAUUCUAAGGAAUUUAGAGGCUUCCCGCUUAAGAAUCUUUGUUAACCCAGUUAGAAUUUAUGAUAACAUUUACUACAGAAAAAUAUUGAUAUACAACUUAGUUACAAACAUGUAUAUUUUCAACAUGAUACUUUAUGUAAGAGUGCAUUAAGAAGUAUGAAUGGUAUAAUAAGUUCAUAUUUUUUACUCUUCCUUGUGACCAUUUUUUAUUGCAUAUUUUAAUAUUUUCUUUUCUUAUUUUGCAUGUAACUCGCACCUUAAGCUGUUGAAUCGAUACUGAUUUAAUGUUAGGUAUAAAGUCUUUAUUAAUCUAUUUAAAAAGAUACAAUUAUUAUUUACUACAUUUUUGUACCGUAUUCUUAACAAAAACUUUCAGUUUCAAUUCAUAGCGUAUAAAAUAUAUGUAUUACUAAAUUUCUGGAAAUAAUUUGAAAUUACUCAUUUAUGCGAAUAUGACAAGCAACAAAGUUUAAUAAUAUUAUUAUUAUUAUUUGUUAAUUUCAUAGUAAAUUGAACAUUAUUUUUAGUAUUAUUCUUUUUAUCAGCACCUUUCUAUUAACGUGCUCGAUGACAGUGAUAUUUAUAUCAUAUAAUAUUUUCUCAUUAAUAAAAUACUGAUAUUAACUUAAUUUUUGUACAUAACAAUUAAGUUACUAAUACCACUAUUAAAACAGAAAAGAUGCAACGUUUUUAUAACCUUUUCAUGAAGCAUGAGAUCGUAUCACAUGCUUAAUUUAAUAUUCAAUAAAUUCAAUUACACAAAAAUUUUAUAUGUUAAUAUUACUUGAAUUGUCAAAUUUGUGUGAUUAUUACAAUGUGAAAAAGAUCAAAAAAUAAUGAUUAAAAUUCUAUUCAUUUUAAACGCAUAAGUAUUUAUAUUUACAUACAUAGAUGAUGUUCUUUUUGUCAAGCCAUUCAAAUUUCAAUUUGUAUCAUAUUUAACAAUCCUGUUUGAUUCAAAUAUGCAUGUAAAUAAAAAGGUAUAUAGACAAUUAAUAUCUUUGGUUAGUAUUAAAUUUUAUUCAUUUUCAUUUUAAAAAUUGAAUUUAUUAUAUUAAAUAUUACAUUUACAAAAGUGUAUUUUUUAAGAAACAUCUUAAAAUAUUUUAAGAUUUUUCUUUUUUUACCGAAUUUUGAAUCCAGCAUAAUUUAUGUAAUGAAAAUAAUCACAGAGUUGAAAAAUAAAAUAUAAACAUAAAUACAAGAGAACUACAUUUAAAACGAAGGUACUCUCCAAAAAACGCUGCAGAAAUUAAUUACAAAUUGUAGCAAAAUGAAAUGCAAUGUGCUUUAAUAAUAAUUUAAUUUCUCAAAAUUUUUGACAAAUAAUAAGCUAACGUUAAAUCGCAUUAAGAAGAAUUAAAGGAAUCAGCAUGAGAAAAAGUUUGGUACAAUAAAUUUUAUACUUAGUUAUUGCCUGUAUAUAUGACGAUUUCUUUUAAAAUUAUAAAUCGUUCGUGGAACAAGAAACAAUCCUUAAUGACCAUCUUAUAUAUCAAUAAAAUUACUACAUUUGCUACAAAUACAUAUAAUAUUUAUUGAACAACUAUGGAAUGAGAGAAUAUUUAUUAAUUUUGUCUCAUACAUAGUUAAUCCCUAAAAAAUAAAAAAAAUAACUACUUUAUAAAUAUAUGUCAGUAGUUACAAAGCAUUUUUGAUAAAAUUCUGUACAACUGAACAUGUAAUGAAGUAUUAUUAUUAUACUUAAAAUAACAUUCUCAUUUAUUAUGCUUUCAUUUGCAUAAUUGUAAUGUUCUGACUGUGCUUUUAAUUUUUAACAUCAUAUAUAAUAUACUUCCACUAAUGGUUAGCAGCACAUAAAUAUCUUUAUAGAAAACAAACAAUAUCAUGUAGCUAAACCUUUCAAACAGUUUGCUAACUUUUGUGUCUUGUAAUCGGUUCUUAGUUGUAUGAAAUUCACUAAAACAUUACGAUCCAAUGUUGCCUGUAACAAUAAAAGUCAUUUUAAUAAAG